AUGUUCUUCACCAAGACUGUCGUCGCCCUCCUGGCCGCGGCUCCAGCCCUCGCUCACAUGGAGCUCACGUACCCCCCGCCCCUGCGCUCAAAGUACAACCCGUACCACGACGUCGCGACGCUCGACUACUCGUACACCUCGCCCCUCGAGGCCAGCGGCGCCAACUACCCGUGCAAGGGCUACCUCGGCGACCUUUCGGGCCCUGGCGGCGCCUCGGUCGCCAGCUUUGCCCAGGGCGGCAAGUACAACUUUACUGUCCAGGGCACCGCCGUCCACGGCGGUGGCUCGUGCCAGGCCCUCCUCUCGUAUGACGGCGGCAAGAGCUUCAAGGUCCUCAACACGAUCAUCGGCAACUGCCCCAUUGCCGGCAGCGGCAACUUUGACUUUGACGUCCCUUCGGACGCGCCCGCCGGCAACGCCGUCUUCGCCUGGACCUGGUUCAACAACCUCGGCAACCGCGAGAUGUACAUGAACUGCGCCUCGGUCACCAUCACUGGCGGCAGCGGCGGUUCCAGCAAGCGUGGCGCGUCGUGGGGCUCGCGCCCUGCCAACUUUGUCGCCAACGUCGGCAACGGCUGCUCCACCACCGAGGGCAAGGACCUCAACAUCCCCAACCCCGGCCCCGAGGUCGUCGUCAACUCGAACAACGUCGCGCCCCCCGUCGGCUCGUGCGAGGGUGGCCCCGGUGCCGCCCCGGCCAACGGCGACGCUGCUCCCGCCGCUCCUCCCGCCGCCGCUGCCCCGCCUGCCCCCGCUGCCCCCUCGGCUGCCGCUCCCCCCGCCGCCGGCGCUGACGGUGCCGCUGCCUCGCCUGGUGCCGCCGGCCCCACCUCGGCCCACAACCUCAACGUCCAGCCCCAGCCCACCGACUCGCCCUCCGACUCGCCCGCUGCGGCCCCUGCCCCCUCGUCGGGCAGCGACGUCCCCCUCGCUGGCGCUGGCUCGCCCCCGCCUGCAGCUGCCCCGGCUCCCGCCGCGCCUUCCUCGUCCGCCAAGAGCGGCAAGAAGAAGUGCGCGCGUGGCCACAAGAAGCGCCGCCUCUCCUCGUUCCACCACUAA